GACAUUAGGUUGCGCGCCAUCGUUCCAGGCGGUCGCACAUUCACGUGCCAUAGCCGUAACAACAACCUGCCAGCCGUUUAAAACCAAACUCAAAUACGAACCGAAACUGCCUUCACACACAAGUACCUAUACCAAACCCAAAUAGCUGCCAAAAGAAACCAAAAAUACCAGAGACGUCGUAGCAUCCGUUCCCCGGAAGAAAGAAGAUGGGAUCGCCGGGAUCCCAAGCGCCCGCGAUCGCGACCUCGGUCGGAACCGGAAUCAGAAACGGGCGGAGAGGUCAUACGGGGUCGCUGCUCCUGCGCCUCCUUGUUGUGGUCUUCGUCCUCAACGCCUGCCACGUACCGCUGACAAAUGCCAAGCAAAUUAAGAAUAUCGACGAUGAUGGGGACUUUGUACUGGCAGACGGACACUCACUGCAGGACAGUGGCGAGUUCGAUGACGAUGUCGCCUUCCUGCAGGCCGAUAAGCUCUAUACUCCCCUAGAGGAUAAGGUGCCGGAGGAGGAUGACUCGUCCUGGUUUAGCCAGAAGUUCCAUCGCGUGCGCCGCUCCAUAAACCGUUUCUUCGGCGCCGACGACGAGCAGGAGAAGGAACGUGAGUUGCAGCUGCAACGGCGACGUAAUCGCGAGGCCCGCCAGAAGGAGCUUCGGCGCCAGCAGAAGGAGAUUCAGAGCCGAGAGAAGCAGCUGCGAAUGGAGCGCCAGCUGGAGAAGCAACGCCUGGCCAAACGGGCCAAUCACGUCGUCUUCAAUCGCCUCACCGAUCCUCGCAAGCGGGCAUCCGACCUUUACGACGAGAACGAGGCAUCCGGAUACCACGAGGAGGAAACCACCAUCUAUCGAACAUACUUUGUCGUUAGUGAACCAUAUUCCAGCGAUUUCAAAGAUCCGGAAAGCAUUCAGUUCCAGAACCUGCAAAAACUUAUCGACGACAAUCUGCGCACUUUCUUCCAUAGCAAUUACGAAGGUAACGAUGAUGAGGAGCAGGAAAUUCACAGCAUUCUAGAGCGAGUCGAACCCACACAGGACCAUUUUCAAAUUCGCGUCCAACUUAGGGUAGAGCUGCCCAGUUCUAUCAACGACUUUGGAAUUAAGUUAGAGCAGCAGUUGAUUACCUACGAGCGGAUCCAUCAAUUGGGCGCCAGCACUGGUGGCGUCUUUUCCUUCACCGAAUCGAAUGAUUUCUCUGUGGAAGACACCAAUGUGGCAUUGCCCACGGAUGAGGUGGAGGGCUCCGGCAGCGAAGACUCCGGAAGCUGUCGUGGAGAUGCCACCUUCAAAUGUCGCUUGAGCGGAAAAACCAUUUGCGAUGAAAUGCGAUGCGAUGGAACGAGCCAAUGUCCCGAUGGCGAGGACGAGGAAGGCUGCGCUUGCAAUGAACUUGAGUUCAAAUGCGAUAACAGGUGUCUGCCGCUCGCAAAACGCUGCGAUAGAAAUAUCGAUUGUCAGGAUCAGACGGACGAGGCUGGUUGUCCUCGCGAACAGGAGCCUGAACCGGAACCAGAACAGGAACCUGAACCAGAACCAGAGCCUGAACCAGAGCCAGAGCCAGAGCCUGAGCCUGAGCCUGAGCCUGAACCGGAGCCCGAACCAGAACCUGAACCAGAACCUGAACCCGAACCUGAACCUGAACCCGAACCCGAACCAGAACCUGAACCAGAUCAAAAACCAGAAUGCCUGGCCACCGAGUUCAGAUGCAACAAUGGGGACUGCAUUGAUGCCAGGAUGCGUUGCAAUCAUAUUGCGGACUGUAGCGAAGGCGAGGACGAGAACGAGGAGUGCCCCGCCGCCUGCAGCGGAAUGGAGUAUCAAUGUCGCGACGGCACGCGCUGCAUCAGUGUGAGUCAGCAGUGCGACGGUCAUUCCGAUUGCAGUGACGCCGACGACGAGGAGCAUUGCGACGGAAUUGUGCCCAAGCUACGAUACACAUGCCCCAAGGGCAAAUUUACCUGCCGGGACUUGAGCUGCAUAUCGAUUGUCCAUCGCUGCGAUGGCAGGGCCGAUUGUCCGAACGAUCGAUCGGAUGAAGAGGGCUGUCCCUGUCUGUACGACAAGUGGCAGUGUGACGAUGGCACCUGCAUAGCCAAGGAGCUGCUCUGCAAUGGCAACAUCGACUGUCCCGAGGACAUUUCCGAUGAGCGCUACUGCGAGGGUGGUUACGAUGACGAGGAAUGUCGGCCCGGUGAUUUCCGUUGCGGAACCGGUGAGUGCAUUCCGAUGCGUCAGAUGUGCGAUAACAUCUACGAUUGCAACGAUUAUUCCGAUGAGGCCGAUUGCGGUAAGCCCGAGGAGCAGGAUAGUGUGGGCAUACCCAUUGGCCACCAGCCGCAGAGGCCCAGGCCUAACGACUGGCUGAACGAACUGGAUGCAAACGAGUACCAUGUUUAUCAGCCAAGUAAUGUCUAUGGGACGGCCAAUUCCAAGAAUCCCUGUGCCAGCAAUCAAUUCCGCUGCACCACCUCAAAUGUUUGCAUCCCGUUGCAUUUGCGGUGCGAUAACUUCUAUCACUGCAACGAUAUGAGCGAUGAGAUGGGCUGCGAGCAAUACGAACGACGCAGCACCACCCGACGCCCUUUGACCUCGGCCAGGCCCUCCUUCACGACAGAGGGGCCAGGGCAGCUGGAGCGUCGCAACACCACUAGAACCACAGGCAGCACCUCCAGAGCCACCGAAUCACCUCAUUGGCCCUGGCCAGCGGUAACGAGAACGACACCCGCAGCCAGAACCACCGAGACCACCACCACUAACCCAAUAACAACAGCAGGCGUAGCGAGCAACUCACCCCAGUCAUGCCUCGAAAACAUCGAAUUCGCGUGCCACAAUCGCGAUUGCAUUCCGAUUGAGAGCGUCUGCGAUGGCAUCCCCGACUGCGGACGCGAUGAAGACGAGGACGACGCUCUUUGCAAGUGCACCGCCGACAAGUUCAAAUGCCAACGCGGCGGAGGCUGCAUUCCAAAAACCCAGGUGUGCGAUGGCAAACCUCAUUGCCGCGACCGCAGCGACGAGAGUGCCUGCCAUCUUCAUGGAAGAUCAAAUAAGACCCGUUUGGGGGUCCAGUGCCUGGAGAACCAGUAUCAAUGUGGCGAUGGGAGCUGCAUCUCCGGCUACAAACGAUGCAACGGCAUCAGCGAUUGUGACGAUGCCGCCGACGAAUACGACUGCAACUACAACUACGACAACUAUCCGGAUCCACUGAAUGAAUGUGAUAUCCUUGAGUUUGAAUGUGACCAAGGUCUGUGCUUACCGCUAGAGAAGAAAUGCGAUGGCUAUGCAGACUGUGAAGACUUGAGCGACGAAGUCGAGUGCCAGUCGUACACAGAGAAUUGUCUAAUGUCUGAGUUCGAAUGCGAUGGCUACUGCCUGCCCCGCGAUCAGUUAUGCAAUGGAAUUAUCAAUUGCCAAGAUGGCAGCGACGAGCGCAACUGUACUUUCUGCCGGGAAGAUGCCUACCUUUGCAUCACUGGAGAGUGUGUAGCCGUAAAUCAGAGAUGCAACGGUAUCGUCGAUUGCGUCGACGGCAGCGACGAGCGUCACUGCGCAAGGAUAUAUUGUCCACCUAAUAAACUAGCCUGCAACGGCACAUGCGUCACUCGGAGAAUAAAGUGUGAUGGCAAACGAGAUUGCCUCGAUGGCUACGACGAGAUGUAUUGUCCGGAGAACAACUACCAUUAUCCCACACAAAAACCGAGUCCUAGACCAAAUUCCUGCCGACCCCAUCAAUGGCAGUGUGCGAAUUUCGAGUGCAUCGAGAGUAGAUUGCAGUGCGACGAUUUUAAGGAUUGCUCGGAUGGAUCCGAUGAGGACCUCAGCAUUUGCUUCGGCACGGCCACUACUCGACUAAAACCCAGCGACUGCAGUACGGAUCAGUUCUUCUGCGAUGAGUCAUGCUAUAAUCGCUCUGUUCGAUGCAAUGGUCACAUGGAUUGCUCUGAUGGCAGUGAUGAGGUGGGCUGUUCCUUGCAAUCACUGCCAUGUCCACAGCACCAGUGUCCCAGUGGCAGGUGUUAUUCGGAAUCUGAGCGAUGCGAUCGCCACAGGCACUGCGAGGAUGGCUCCGAUGAGGCCAACUGCUGUUACGGGGAUCAAUUCCGCUGCAACAAUGGUGAUUGCGUUUCUGGAUCGGCUCAUUGCGAUGGAAAAGUCGAUUGUAGCGACCAGUCCGAUGAACUCGACUGUGGAGGAGACGUGCAAUGUCUGCCCAACCAAUUCCGCUGCAAGAGUGGCCAAUGUGUGAGCGCCACAGCCCGCUGCAACAGACGUACCGAUUGCCACGAUAGUUCCGAUGAGGAGAAUUGCGGUCUUCAUCAUGUUGAGGUCAUCCAAGGAACCACUGGAAGUACCACCAGCACCUCGACUAGCUCCACUGCCACGACGCCACUGAGAAUCAUCUGCCCGCCCACCUCAUUUAAAUGCGAAAAUGGACCCUGUAUUGCGCUGGGUCUUAAAUGCAAUGGUCAAGCCGAUUGUCCAUAUGAUAGUAGCGAUGAGGCGGAUUGUGGCCAAAUCAGCAAUGAUAUUGAUCCCAAUGAACCUAACAGUCCUGGACGUGGAUCGAGCCAAUUGAAACUUAGAACCUAUCCCGCCAACCAGAUCAUCAAGGAGAGUCGCGAGGUCAUCUUCCGUUGCCGUGACGAAGGUCCCGCCCGCGCCAAGGUCAAGUGGUCCCGACCCGGCGGACGACCUCUGCCCACCGGUUUCACCGAUCGCAAUGGCCGCUUGGAGAUUCCCAACAUUCGGGUGGAGGAUGCUGGAACCUACGUUUGCGAGGCUGUGGGAUAUGCCAACUAUAUUCCCGGCCAGCACGUCACCGUAAACCUUAAUGUCGAGCGCUCGAACGAUCUCGAAUCCCGACCGGACGCAGCCUGUACAGAGUACCAGGCGACCUGCAUGAACGGAGAGUGUAUUGAUAAGUCGGGCAUCUGCGAUGGCCAUCCGGAUUGCUCGGAUGGCUCCGAUGAGCACAGCUGCAGUUUGGGUCUUAGGUGUCAGCCCAAUCAGUUUAUGUGCUCCAAUUCCAAGUGUGUGGAUCGUACUUGGCGCUGCGAUGGUGAGAAUGACUGCGGGGACAAUUCAGAUGAGACCUCCUGCGAUCCGGAGCCAAGUGAUGCUCCAUGCCGAUAUGACGAGUUCCAGUGCCGCAGUGGUCAUUGCAUCCCCAAGAGCUUCCAGUGCGACAACACGAACGAUUGUAAAGACAGUACUGAUGAAAUUGGAUGCUCGGAACCCUCUCCAAUGAAGCUGUCACCGCCUGCGGUUGUGGUGAUGGAGUACGAGGUGCUCGAGUUAACCUGCGUGGGAACCGGAGUACCAACGCCGACGAUCGUAUGGCGUCUGAACUGGGGCCAUGUGCCCGACAAGUGCGAAUCGAAGAGCUACGGUGGAACUGGAACACUCCGGUGUCCGAACAUGAGGCCACAAGACAGUGGAGCCUACUCAUGCGAGUUUAUCAAUACACGCGGCACCUUCUAUCCGAAAACGAACUCCAUUGUCACCGUGACCCCGGUGCGAACGGAUGUCUGUGAAGCUGGAUUCUUUAAUAUGCUGGCCCGCAAGUCGGAAGAGUGCGUCAAGUGCUUCUGCUUUGGAGUGUCCACCGCCUGCGACAGUGCCAAUUUGUUCACCUACGCCAUCCAGCCACCCAUUCUUUCAAAACGCGUCGUCAAUGUGGAGCUCAGUCCACUCCGCCAGAUUGUGAUCAACGAGGCAAGUCCAGGUCAGGAUCUGCUGACCCUGCACCACGGCGUUCAGUUCAGGGCAUCGAAUGUUCACUCUUCGGGCCGGGAGACGCCCUACUUGGCCCUGCCCUCAGAUUAUAUGGGCAACCAGUUGAAGUCCUACGGUGGUAAUCUGGUCUACGAGGUUAGCUACAUGGGCAAUGGAAGACCAGUCAGUGGUCCCGAUGUGAUAAUCACCGGCAAUCGAUUCACACUAACUCAUCGCGUUCGCACUCAGCCUGGUCAAAAGAACAAGGUCAAAAUCGCCUUCCUGCCGGGUGGAUGGCAGAAGCCCGAUGGUCGCAAGGCCACGCGAGAGGAAAUUAUGAUGAUACUGGCAAAUGUGGACAAUAUUCUGAUUCGACUGGUCUACCUGGAUACCACCGCUCGCGAAGUGGAUGUGGUAAAUAUCGCUUUGGAUUCGGCAGGAAGUGCCGAUACGGGAUUGGGUAGUGCCUCGCUCGUAGAGAAGUGCACGUGUCCGCCUGGCUAUAUGGGUGAUUCCUGCGAGUCCUGUGCCUCCGGCUAUGUAAGGCAGGCUAGAGGACCUUGGCUGGGACACUGUGUGCCGUUUAUCCCGGAACCCUGUCCGUCCGGAACGUACGGAAAUCCCCGACUUGGUGUGCCCUGUAAGGAGUGUCCUUGUCCCCUAACCGGCAGCAAUAACUUUGCCAAUGACUGCAAGCAGAGUCCCGAUGGCGAUGUAGUUUGCCGAUGCAAUGAGGGUUACUCCGGUAGAAGGUGUGAGCACUGCGCCAGUGGUUACCAGGGUAACCCCCUGGUUCCGGGAGGAGUUUGCCGCAAGAUACCCGACACCUCGUGCAACGUGGACGGCACCUACAACAUCCAUAGCGAUGGCACCUGCCAGUGCAAGGAUAGCGUGAUUGGCGAACAGUGCGACACCUGCGCACCGAAGAGUUUCCAUCUCAAUUCGUUCACUUACACCGGCUGCAUCGAGUGCUUCUGCAGCGGAGUGGGUUUGGAUUGCGAUAGUAGCACGUGGUACCGCAACCAGGUUACGAGCACAUUUGGACGAUCGCGUGUCAACCAUGGAUUUGCUUUGGUCACCGACUAUAUGCGUAAUACCCCAGAGACCGUACCGGUGUCCAUGUCCCCACAGACCAAUGCGUUGAGCUUUGUGGGAUCCGCCGAGCAGGCUGGCAACACGCUCUACUGGAGUCUGCCAGCCGCCUUCCUGGGCAACAAGCUAACCUCUUACGGAGGCAAGUUGAGCUACACCUUGAGCUACAGUCCCCUGCCCAGCGGCAUAAUGUCUAGAAACAGUGCCCCAGAUGUGGUGAUCAAGAGCGGCGAGGAUCUGCGGCUCAUCCAUUACAGGAAGUCGCAGGUUAGUCCCAGUGUGGCCAACACCUAUUCGGUGGAGAUCAAGGAGAGCGCAUGGCAGCGUGGCGAUGAAGUGAUUGCCAACCGUGAGCACGUCCUGAUGGCCCUGAGCAAUAUUACGGCCAUCUACAUCAAGGCCACGUACACCACUAGCACAAAGGAGGCCUCGCUGCGUCAGGUGACUUUGGAUACGGCCACGGCCACGAAUCUUGACACUGCCCGUGCAGUGGAAGUGGAGCAGUGCCGCUGUCCCGAGGGCUACUUGGGUCUUUCCUGCGAGCAGUGUGCCCCUGGCUUCACCCGCGAUCCGGAGGGUGGAAUCUAUCUAGGACUCUGCAGGCCCUGCGAGUGCAAUGGACACUCGAAGUAUUGCAACAGCGAAACCGGCGAAUGCGAAAGCUGUUCUGACAACACCGAAGGCCCCAACUGUGAGCGAUGCGCCGCCGGCUUUGUGGGUGAUGCCACCCGUGGGACUUCGUACGACUGCCAAUAUGAAGACGGAUACCCUACGCGUCCUUUGGCACCGGGCAAUCAAACGGCCGACUGCGCUGCCAUUUGCCAGCCGGAGGGAACCUACGCAUGUCGCGGCAGCGAAUGCCAGUGCAAGAGAAAUGUGUAUGGCGAUCGAUGUGAUCAAUGCCGCCCCGGAACCUAUGGACUGUCCGCCCAAAAUCCGGAAGGCUGCAAGGAGUGCUACUGCUCCGGACUGACCACCCAGUGCCGCUCGGCGUCUCUGUACCGCCAGCUGAUACCCGUGGACUUUAUUCUUACGCCACCGUUGAUUACAAACGAUUACGGUGAAAUCAUGGAUACGCUGAACCUUAUUCCCGACAUAUCCAACAAUAUAUUUACCUACGCGCACGAAUCAUAUACUCCCAAGUACUGGAGUCUUAGAGGUAGUGUGCUAGGAAACCAGCUCCUCUCGUACGGCGGACGCCUGGAGUACCGUCUAAUAGUUGAGUCUAUUGGCCACGACCAUCGUGGUCAGGAUGUGGUGCUGAUUGGCAACGGACUUAAGCUGAUCUGGUCGAGACCCGACGGUCAUCAAAAUCAAGAGGACUACCAUGUGCGACUGCAUGAAGAUGAGCAAUGGACGACCCAAGAGCGCGGAUCAGCUCGACCGGCUACACGGUCCGAUUUCAUGACUGUCCUGUCGAAUCUAGAGCACAUACUGAUCUUGGCCACACCCAAGAUACCCACGGAAAGAACCUCGAUAAGCAAUGUAAUCCUGGAGAGUGCGGUAACCACAAGGACGCCGGGAGCUACGCAUGCCUCCGAUAUCGAGUUGUGCCAGUGUCCACCCGGAUAUACGGGCAAUUCCUGCGAGUCCUGCGCUCCGCUCUACUAUCGCGAUAACAAUGGAGCCUGCAGCCCGUGUCCUUGCGAGGCUUCCAACACGGAGUCCUGUGGUUUGGUCAGUGGCGGCUUCGUCGAGUGCCGAUGCAGACCACGCUGGAGGGGUGAUCGCUGUAGGGAAAUCGAAACUAACGAACCAACUCCGGGACCGGAUCCCAGUACCGACGAUCACGUGCGAAGCCAGAUCAUCGUGUCGAUUGCAAAGCCGGAGAUUUCCAUUGUGCCCGUUGGUGGAUCGCUGAGCCUCAGCUGUAGCGGUCGAACGCUCUGGAGCAAUAGCCCAGUCUUUGUGAACUGGUACAAGGAGAACAGUCGCAUGCCUGUGAACUACGAUCUGGAAGGCGGUGAACUGCGUCUGUACAACCUGCAGAUCAGCGAUUCUGGAAUCUACAUCUGCCAGGCCAAGAACAACGAAACCGGUCACAUCUUCACGGAUAACGUCGUCAUCACCGUUACCCCGAAGGACCAACGCUCAGCGGCGGAGAUUGUGGAUUUGCCCAGCCAGGUGACCUUCGAAGAAUACACCAGAGAUGAAAUCAUCUGCGAAGUGCGGGGCAACCCGCCACCAACUGUCACCUGGACUCGGGUGGAUGGCAUUGAGGCCCAAAGUACACGAACAUACGGCAAUCGCCUGGUCUUCGAUUCGCCCAGGAAAUCGGAUGAGGGUCGCUAUCGCUGCCAGGCGACCAAUGACCAGAAUCGGGAUGAGAAGUACGUGAUCGUUUAUGUGGAGAGUAAUCCUCCCCAGCCGCCGCCGCCGCAGGAUCGUUUGUACAUCACACCGGAGAUGUAUAAUGGCCUGGCCGGUGAAACCUUCCAAUUGCAAUGCCAAUUCACAAGCGCAGCCUCACUGCGCUACGAUUGGUCCCACGAUGGUCGCUCCCUAUCCGCGUCGCCCUCGCGAAAUGUCCAGGUCCGUGGCAAUGUCCUAGAGGUCCGCGAUUCCACUGUCCGCGACUCUGGCAUCUACACCUGUGUGGCCUUUGACCUUCGCACCCGUCGCAACUUCACCGAGAGCGCACAUGUUUACAUCGAGCCGGCAGGCGAGCCACCAAUCCUUGGCGACAAGCCGCAAAUCCUGAGCUUAGAGCAGAAUAUCGUGGUGGUGCAGGGCGAGGAUUAUAGCAUCACCUGCGAGGCCAGUGGAUCUCCCUAUCCCUCUAUCAAAUGGGCUAAGGUUCACGACAAUCUGGCCGACAAUGUCCACAUCAGUGGCAAUGUGCUGACUAUCUAUGGAGCCCGGCUUGAGAAUCGUGGUGUCUACUCCUGCAUCGCCGAAAACACUCACGGAAGCGAUCAGUCCAGCACAAGCAUCGACAUUGAACCCCGGGAGCGGCCGAGCAUAAAGAUUGAUUCGCCCCAGCAACCGGUUUUGGUUGGCUCCCAGGCGUCUCUCUACUGUGCCGUUGAUGGUAUUCCCGAACCGACCGUCGAGUGGGUUCGUGCUGAUGGCCAACCCCUAUCGCCGCGGCACAAGAUCGAGGGACCCGGCUACGUUGUGAUCGACGACAUUCAGAUCGCCGAUAGCGGCGCCUACGAGUGUCGGGCAAGUAACGUUGCUGGCCAGGAGACCAGCACGGCCACCAUUACCGUCCAUGAGGCUACUAUCGUCCAGAUACAGCCCGAUACCCAGAGCAUCCGGCUCACCGUGGGCGACGAGCUCUCCCUGACCUGCGUUGGCAGUGGUGUCCCCACUCCAUCGGUCUUUUGGAGUUAUCCGGAGCAGGGUCGUGCAUCAGUUCAACGUAACGAAUUUGGUCAACGUCCCGCUGGCAACUCUGCCGACAUCAAAAUAUAUCGGAUGACGAAGGAAGAUGAAGGCAUCUACACUUGCCACGGAAGUAACUUGGCAGGUGACGAUCAACGCUACAUUCGCGUGGAGGUCCAAGAAAGACGAGGUGACAUUGGAGGAGACGAAGAUCCCGAUGUAGAUGGUGAUCGCCGAUCGCCCGGACACCCCAACCGCCCCAUAGUCCAAGAGCCUGCAAACGAUCGCCUUGGCGCCGGCGUGGGCGAUAAUGUAACCCUGACGUGUGAUAUCGAGAACGUGGAAACACAGUGGGAACGCGUCGAUGGCGCACCCCUGCCGUCCAAUGCCUACACUAUGAGAAAUUCGCUGGUGAUUGUGUACGUGGAGCCGCACAAUCUGGGUCAGUACCGCUGCAAUGGAAUCGAUCGCGAUGGCAAUGUGGUGGCCCAAGUGGUGAGGGAGCUGACUCUCCUGCCCCUGCCCAGGAUCACAUUCUAUCCGAAAAUUCCGCUGACCCUGGAACCGGGCCAGAAUUUGGAUGUCUACUGUCAGGUGGAGAACGCACAUCCGGACAAUGUGCGGUGGACCACCGACAACAAUCGACCACUAUCCAGUUCCGUUCGCAUCGAAGGCAACGUCCUCCGCUUCACUGCCAUCACUCAGGCGGCUGCCGGUGAUUAUCGCUGCACCGCCAACAACGAAUACGGCACUCGAUCGGAGAGCGCCAGGGUUACGGUGAAGAAGCCCGGUGUCUUCCAGACGGUUCCUCCGGUGCCAGGCUCCCAGGUGCAACAGCGCCGUGUGGGCGAGACCAUUCAGUUGCGAUGCAGCUUGACAAACCAGUACGGCGGAGACCACCGCGGCAACAUCCAGUUCAACUGGUACCGUGAGGACAACCGCGAAUUGCCCCACAACGUCCGUCCCGAUACCCAGGUUCUGGAGCUGACCAAGUUGCAGCCCGAGGAUGAGGGCCGCUACAUCUGCAACUCGUACGAUGUGGACAGAAGGCAGCCACUGCCACCCGUCUCCAUCGACUUGCAAGUCCUAAUGGCGACCCCGCCCCCCAGCUACCUGCCGCCAGUGGCAACAGCGCCCCCACGUUCAACUGGAUGGAUCCGCGAACCCCAAUUGACCCUGAGCGAACAAUCCUCGAACCUGCCAGCAGGUGAGGGCACCACCAUCGAGUGCUAUUCCUCCGACGAUUCCUAUCCUAACGUCAUGUGGGAACGGGCCGAUGGAGCUCCGUUCAGCGAUAAUGUCCGGCAAGUGGGCAACAAUCUGGUGAUUAGCAAUGUGGCUUCAACUGAUGCCGGCAACUAUGUGUGCAAGUGCAAGACGGAGAUCGAGGGAGAUCUGUACACCACCAGCUACCAACUUGAGGUCGAGGACCAGCCCCAUGAACUGAAGAGCUCCAAGAUAGUCUACGCCAAGGUGGGCGGAAAUGCUGACUUGCAGUGCGGAGCCGAUGAGGAUCGACAGGCCAGCUACCGAUGGUCCCGCCAAUAUGGACAACUCCAAGCGGGACGCAGUCUACACAAUGAGAAGCUCUCGCUGGACCGCGUGCAGGCGAACGACGCCGGAACUUAUGUUUGUACGGCCCAGUACAGCGAUGGCGAGACGGCGGACUUCCCCAACAUUUUGGUUGUGACGGGGGCGAUUCCGCAGUUCCGACAGGAGCCGCGCAGCUACAUGAGCUUUCCCACGCUCUCGAACUCCUCGUUCAAGUUCAACUUCGAGCUGACCUUCCGUCCGGAGAACGGCGACGGACUGCUGCUCUUCAACGGACAAACCCGCGGCAGUGGUGACUAUAUCGCAUUAUCGCUGAAGGAUCGCUAUGCGGAGUUCCGGUUCGAUUUCGGUGGUAAACCGUUGCUGGUGCGAGCGGAGGAGCCACUGGCGCUGAAUGAGUGGCACACGGUCCGCGUGAGUCGCUUCAAGAGGGACGGAUACAUCCAAGUGGAUGAACAGCAUCCGGUGGCGUUCCCCACCUCCCAGCACCAGCAGAUACCCCAACUGGAACUGAUCGAGGACCUGUACAUUGGCGGAGUGCCCAACUGGGAGUUCCUGCCCGCCGAGGCCGUUGGCCAGCAGUCGGGCUUCGUGGGCUGCAUCAGCCGCUUGACCCUGCAAGGACGCACUGUGGAGCUUAUCCGGGAGGCCAAGUUCAAGGAGGGCAUCACCGACUGCCGGCCCUGCGCCCAAGGACCGUGCCAGAACAAGGGCGUCUGCCUGGAGAGCCAGACGGAGCAGGCCUACACCUGUGUUUGCCAGCCGGGAUGGACUGGCCGGAAUUGUGCCAUCGAGGGCAACCAGUGCACCCCUGGAGUUUGCGGCGCCGGACGCUGUGAGAAUACGGAAAACGACAUAGAGUGCCUGUGCCCCCUCAACCGAGCCGGCGAUCGGUGCCAGUACAAUGAGAUUUUGAAUGAGCACAGCCUCAAGUUCAAGGACAACAGCUUUGCGGCCUACGGAACUCCCAAGGUCACCAAAGUAAACAUCACUCUGUCUGUGCGUCCAUCAAGUUUGGAGGACUCAUUGAUUUUGUACACAGCCGAGUCUACUUUGCCCAGCGGCGAUUAUCUGGCUCUGGUACUCCGCGGUGGCCACGUGGAGCUGCUGAUCAACACGGCCGCCCGUUUGGAUCCCGUGGUGGUGCGAUCGGCGGACCCCUUGCCCCUGAACCGCUGGACAAGAAUCGAGAUAAGACGUCGCCUGGGCGAGGGCAUCCUGCGGGUGGGCGAUGGACCAGAACGAAAGGCCAAGGCCCCGGGAACAGAUCGCAUUCUGUCCCUCAAAACGCCCCUUUAUGUGGGUGGCUACGAUCGGUCGACGGUCAAGAUCAACAGGGAUGUGAACAUCACCAAGGGGUUCGACGGCUGCAUCUCCAAGCUCUACAACUUCCAAAAGGUCGUUAAUCUGUUAGCGGACAUCAAGGAUGCGGCGAAUAUCCAGAACUGUGAGGAGACGAAUGAAAUAGGUGGAGAAGUGGAUAGCGUUGACAAUGAGCCACCAGUUCCGCCUCCAUCCCCAGCGGUUCAAGAGAGUGAGCGGCAGGAGAUGGCUCCCUGCGCCAGCGAUCCCUGUGAAAACGGUGGAAGCUGCAGUGAGCAGGAGAACCUGGCCAUAUGCUCUUGUCCCUUCGGCUUCAGUGGCAAACACUGCCAGAAUCACCUCCAGCUCGGCUUCAAUGCCUCGUUCCGCGGCGAUGGAUACGUGGAGCUGAAUCGCAGCCACUUCCAACCCGCCGUGGAGCAAUCAUACUCCUCGAUAGGCAUCGUCUUCACCACCAACAAGCCGAACGGUCUGCUGUUCUGGUGGGGCCAGGAGGCCGGAGCGGAGUUCACCGGACAGGACUUCAUCGCUGCCGCCGUAGUGGAUGGCUAUGUGGAGUACUCCAUGCGACUCGAUGGCGAGGAGGCGGUGAUCCGGAAUAGCGAUAUCCGCGUGGACAACGGCGAGCGGCACAUUGUGAUCGCCAAGCGGGAUGAGAACACCGCCAUGCUGGAGGUCGACCAAAUUCUGGACACGGGUGACACCCGACCCACCCUCAAUAAGGCAAUGAAGCUGCCAGGCAAUGUGUUCGUCGGAGGCGCUCCGAAUGUCGCGAGUUUCACGGGUUUCCGCUACACGGACAAUUUCAACGGCUGCAUAGUGGUCGUCGAGGGCGAAACCGUGGGCCAAAUUAACCUUAGUUCAGCUGCCAUCAAUGGAGUGAAUGCCAACGUGUGUCCGGCUAACGACGAACCCUUGGGAGGAACCGAACCGCCAGUCGUCUGAGGAAACAUCCAGCAACCGAAAUUAGCUUUUUAAUUAAAAAUUAACAAAUUAAACAAAAAGAAAAACAAUUUUUAUAUAUACAACAUAUGCAUAAGCCCCAAGCAAAACAAAAAAAAUUGAAUAUUAUAUGACGAACAGAUAAUAUUAAAACAAAAAAAGAGAUAAACGAUCACUUCUACCACAUGCUACAUUGCUUCUUCGAUCCUUAAGUCUAGGUUAAAGAUUGUAGCAAGAAAAAAACGAUUAUCACAAACAUUUAUUUACCAAAACGCCAUGCGAGAAGUGAAACGAAACAGAAACAAUAAUGCAAUUAAUGCAGAUAAUACAGAUAAAGCCUAGAACCCUAAGAACUAACUAACUAACUAACUCGAACAACAACAACGCAUACUAGCCAACUGCAACCACAACAACCACAAUAGUGAAGGCAUUUUAAUUAUAAUUUUAGUCUCUAGCUAUAACUAUGACUACGACUCUUUUUUUUGUGAGCCCAGUGUAAAAUGUUGGAAAUCGGAAAUUGGCCCUACACACACACACACAAGUUAUUAAUUAAAUACCAAUUGAUACCAUAUAAUGAUAAAUGAAAUACUAUGAAUGCAACUAUUGUGAACGAACGAAAACCGUUAAGUGGAUAAAAAGCAAAAGCAGAAGAUAUAUUAAAAUGAAAUCAACAACA